UUUUGAGUGAGAUUGGAACCAGCCCUGAAUAGCUCAGGCAUCGUGAAAAACGCCAAAAGUGGUCCGAUUUUGUGCCAAUUCAAACCAGGAAUAUCGGACCCAUCCCCGGGGUUUUCAAAUCCAUCGGCCCACCUUUCGAACCCAUGGAGGACGUGGACACCAAAGACGCCUUGGGCGCCUUGGUUCAGGCCGUGGAAACCAACACCAUCGUGAUCGAGCAUGAUCUGACGGAAGCUGUGAAUUCCGCCCUCGAAUCCGCACCGCACGACGGCGAGGAUGAGGACGGACAGAUGGAGGAAAUGGACCAAGAGGACCAGGAUGAGCAGGAUCGACAGGAUGCCGAGGAUCAACAACGGGCCGAGGAGGAGAAUCAGUCGUCCAUGGAAACGCCAGCCAAGAAUAAGAAUUAUAGUCGCUAUGACGCCGGACGUAAAUAUCGGGAGGUGUGGCAGGAAAUCCAUCCCUGGGUCUCAAGAGCCGUUCCUGAUGAGGAAUUUGCAUAUUGCGCGGCUUGUCGACGUACCUUCCGUCCCCGGAUUACGGCUUUGGCGGCUCACGAAAAGUCGGCCAAGCAUAUCGAGAAUUGGCGGCGCUUUCGAGUGGAGCAGCAACUCAUGGAUGAAGCCUUGGAAGAGGCUGAUGUGGAGAGCAAACUGGCCAUGGCGGCGGAAGAGAGCGCGGCGUAUGUGACCGUGGAUGGCGAGUCCGUGCUCACUAUGCCGGACUCCAUUCAAACCCCGCGACCCACCAAAAAGAUCGUUCAGGCGAUUGGAACGCAAAAUGCCAUGAUUGCCCCGAUGUCGAUCAAACGAGAGCGUUUGGACGAUGAUCCCAAGACUGAGAUGGAGAACCUGGCCCUUAACUCAAGUGUAGAGGCCAUCAUGGAGGCCGUAGGUCCGAAAGUAUUUGACAAGUUGUCAAUUUGGGAGAUCAUUCUGCACAAGGCCACGCAGAGCCAAGAUUUCAACGCCAUGGAUCUCGUGAUCAAGGAUGUGGAAAACAUUCUUAUGGAAAUGAAGCUCCUCAUGAACAAUUGCUUUGACCACGUAGAGCUCACCCGCCGCCGACAGAGAGAGAUCCUCAGCCAACAGAAAGUGGGCGUGAACAUCUCCAAGUUUCUGGCCAAUGCCAUCGAAAUUGAAAGUGGCUUUUGGAACCAAAGAGACCCCGACGACGUCACCUACCGCAACGGGCUCGAGGUGGGACUCCUCAUCCCUAUGGUCAUGUCCUAUCCUUCCCACGAAGUAGACGACAUCAAGACCAGCAUCAAAGCCAAGUCGAAAAAGAAGAUCCGAGGCCGAGACCCGUUGGAUGAUCCAGAAUAUGUCGCCCGACGGCGAGCGCCGGGCAAGCGAAUCAAGCACACCAAGUGUCCCAAAUGCGGUAAAGAUUACGGUCCUGGAGAGAACAACAAGACUCACAUGCCCAGCUGUCCAGCCUCGCUCAAGUACAAGAAGGUGGGCGCCCUCAUGUACUGUUGCUACGACAACUGCCCCAAUCCGGAGCAGGAAUACAAAUUACGAGAAGACAUCCUUCGGCAUUUCGACGAGCACCACUUCACCGAUGAAGCCCGCACUAUCCCUUGUACCUACGAUGGAUGCAAGCAAAUGUUCGCCACAGUCACGUUGCGCAACAUUCACAUCCGAAAAAGUCACGAGAAGCUUUUUGCCUGCGAUCAAUGCCCCAAGCGCUUUUGGUCCGAGAAGAACCUGAACGAUCACAUCAAGAACGGGCACACGUUGAAGGAUAGCGGCGAGGCUCCAGCCAAAGCCGUGGAAUUGUGCCGCAAAUGCGGCAAGAUGAUGAUUCGCACUUCUCUGAGCAAACACGAGAGUCGUUGUACGGGCUACGCCUGUCGCAAUCCCCAAUGGAAGGAAGUCAACGGAGAGUUCUUCUGCACUGUCCGCGACUGUCACAUCAAACACGGGUUCUCUGGCAUGUACGGUCUGCGGGUUCAUUUCUUCAACUCCCAUUUGGAUGAAGCCGAGAAGCAGUUCGAGUGUGAGCACUGCGGCAAGAAGUAUGCCGACCGCAUCAUGUUCCGCAAACACGUGAAGGCGGUCCACGUCAAGCCGUAUGUCUGCAGUUUGUGCACCGGUCGUUUCGGCAAUAAGAGCCAAUUGGCCGAGCAUAUGAACAUCCAUACGGGCAACAAACCGCACGCUUGCGACAAGUGCGACUUCAGAUGCGCCAAGAAGUUCAAUUUGAUCGACCACAAACAGAAGAAGCACAAUGACUUGGCAGGACGGAAUUAUCAUUGCGGUAUUUGUGGCAAGGUGUUCCUCACAUCCGGCCGACUCACCAGUCACUUCCGGAUCAUUCAUCAAGACGGUCUCGUGGAGGGCACGCCCAAAAAGAAAGCUGUCAAACGCGGCAAGUCCAUGCCCAAAAUCGUAUUAGUGGAUGGCAAGGAGAAGAACAUGAGUGGACAAGCGGAGCAGGAUAUUGCCGUGGAUUUCCUGAUGAAUCAAGACCAGGCCGACUUUAUUGUCAUGGACACAGAUGACACGGCCCCCCUGAUGAAUCAGGAUUCGACAGAGCCACGCCCAGAUGAGGAGGGGAUGGACCCGGUCAAUGAUUCGGUCUUGAAACAAGAAGAGCACGAGAUCAUGGAUGAGGAGGAGGCGGAGGAAGGGCUCUCCGAAGAAACUAAAAAGCCAGACGGAAAGAAAGGCGCCGAGCCCGAGCCUGAAUCUCAGGCUAAAUAUACCCGUGACAAAUAUCGUCACUAUUACAAGUACAAACACGAGUGGGAGAGGGAGUUUCCAUGGGUGGAGAAGGCCACGGCUCACACGCAGCACGCCUACUGCACUCUCUGUGGCAAGACAUUGAUCCCAAGACAUCACACGUUGGUCAAGCAUGAGAAGACCAAGAUCCACGCCGACUCCGUGGAUCGGGAGAAGAUCCGCUCCCAAUUACAGCAAAGCGUCAAGGAGGAGAGCCCGAAUGAGCCGGAGCCACUACAACAGAUACUGGAGGUGGAUGACGAUGACGAGGAGACCAAAGUAAUUGUGAUUCACAGGGACGACACUAUGCAUUUAGUGCCAGUUGAGGUGGAGGUCGAGAGUCAGCCCGUCAAUUGUCAACAGAAAGGCUCUCAGAAUCUGAUUGCUCAGCCCAAGACGGAUUUCGAGAACUUCCUCAUGAACGCCUCAACCGACACGCUCAUAUCGUUGGUCGGACCCACGCUGUUUGACAAGUUGACCAUGUGGGAGCUGAUGCUCACCAAGGCCACGUUGCAGCCUGAUCUGAGCGGCACGGACCUGGUCUUGAAGGACUUGGAGUGCUUGCUCUUCGAGGCCAAGUCUCUGAUGAUCAAUUGCUUUGAGAAGUCCGACCAGACCAAGCGGAAAAAGACCAUCGGCGUGGAUUUGAGUAGCGUCCUGGCUCAGGGUUUGGAAUUGGAACCGGGCUAUUGGGAACAGAAGAGCACCGACCAAGCCAGGUGCCAGCGUCCUCUCGAAGAAAAAGUCUUGGCUCAAGUUAUCCCGCAAAACGAGAACGUGGCCUUGGUGAAGCAAGAACUCGCCGCAGGCAAACCGAGAAACCGUUCCUCCCGAAGGAACCUGCAAGUCAUCAAGGUUUUGAAGGACAAAGACACCCCGCCGAAGGCUCAACCCGAGAGUGAGAAGGAGAAAGAGAGAGAUAAGGAGAAGGAGAACAAACCGGAGACGCCCUUGAGAGCCAAACGAAAACGGAAGCGGAAGCGAAACUACUCCUCUGAAGAUGACUCCGACCAAGAGGAGGAAGAGCGAUUGAUGAAGAAGGACGUCAAACCCGAGGAGGCCAAACCUAUUCCAGACCGGGAUUUCGUCAAGAAUUGUAAUCGGUGCGGCAACACGUUUCCUUUCACGGAAUCCACGCGGAAACAUGAAGAAUAUUGUCCGGGCGUGAUGCGCUACCGUCGAGACGCUGGGCAAGUAUUCGAGAAGAAGCUCGAUCUGUUGGAACACAUCGAUGAGAUCCACGUCAACGAGGACGAGCGGACCGUGGCUUGCACUUACGAGGGCUGCUCCGUCAAGUCCAAGUCCGUGAUCAUGCGGAACAUCCACAUUCGUAAGAGUCACAGCAAGUCCUUUGAGUGCAUCGAGUGCAAAAAGACCUUUUGGUUCAAAAAGCACUUGACGGAUCACUUCGAACGAGUGCACAAGAAUCCGCAACAAGAAGACGCGGCCCGGGCCAUUUGCCUCAAGUGCGGGAAAACGCGGAACAAAUCAUCCAUGCGCAACCACGAAAAGACCUGUCAGGGCUCGACGGUGCGCAACCCCACGUUCAAAAUCAUGAACGACGAAUUCUUUUGCACCGCCAAAGACUGUUUGGUCAAUCAUGGUUUCGCGAGUAUGCACGGCUUACGGGUGCACUUCUUCGACGCCCAUCUGGACGACACCGAGAAGCGCUACGAGUGCGAGCAUUGUGGUAAAAAGUUCGCAGACGGCAUUAUGUAUCGACGGCACGUGAAAUCCGUGCACAUCAAACCCGUGGUGUGCACAUUGUGUGCGGGUCGCUUUGUGAACAAAAGUCAACUGUCCGAACACAUGAACACACACACCGGGAAUAAGCCGUUCAUCUGCGACAAGUGCGACUUCCGUUGCGCCAAGAAAUUCAAUCUCGUGGAUCACAAGCGGAAGAAGCACAACGACCUGUCCGGGCGCAACUUUUAUUGUGGACUGUGCGGCAAAGUGUUCCUGACCUCCGGACGCCUCACCAGCCAUUUGAGGAUCAUUCACCAGGACGGAUUAGUGGAGAAUCUGGUCAAGCAAAGGAGUAAACCCGCCACCAGCGCCGGUUCUUCAAGAAGGUCACGAAAUGUGGCCAAAGUCGAGUUCCUUGACAAAAAGGACAAGGAGAUCAGUGGGCAAGUGGAGCAGGACAUUGCCGUUGACUUCCUCAUCAACCAGGAAGAAGUCCAAGACACUGUGCAGAGCCGACCAAAAACGCCAGUCACGCCCCCCGUUUUACCGCCCGUCACGCCCAUGUCGGAAUCGGGCGCCUCGGAGGCGCCAUCCGCGCCCAUCUUGACGCUGAUCCAGGAUUCGGAAGAAGCGGGCGAUGACGAUCAAGACACGGUCUAUGUGGUGACGGAGGCCUUGGAGGAGGAUCAGGAUCAGGGCCGAGAGGAGGAGGCACACGCCUUGCCGGAGGAGGGCGUGGCCGCCGGCGAAGUGGAAGAUGAGUUCCAAACCGGCGGCGGACACGAAGGGGAGGAGGAAGGGGCGGAAGGGGCUGAGGGGGAGGAAGACGAGGGGGAUGAUGAGCAUUCCCAAGCCAAAUAUAACAAGGAACGUUGGCAACGAUAUCGUACCAACUACAAAUACAAGGCUGCGUGGGAGGAGCGGUUCCCUUGGGUGGAAAAGGCCACACCCCAUACUGAACAUGCCUAUUGUACGCUAUGCGGCAAGACAUUGCAUCCCCGGUUAACGGCCUUAGUCUCGCAUGAGAACACCAAGAUUCACGCCGAGGCCGUUCGACGAGCCCGAAUGGAGGCCCAUCUUCAGAGUUUGAAACGCGAGCAGAACGUGGUCGAAGAAGAUGAGCCGAAAGUGAUCAUUUCGGAGCGCUCGGAUGCGGCGCUGCCCUCGGAUGCUCAGCUCUUGGGCUUGGGAGCGGAUGGCCCCAUGGAUCCGUAUCGGCAUCUGGGCUCCCAAAACACCAUCGCCCAGCCCAAGACGGAUUUCGAGACGUUCCUGUUGAACGCCCGCUCGGACACGCUCAUUGCCCUAACCGGGCCCACCCUCUUCGAGAAGUUGUCCCUAUGGGAAUUGCUUCUCAACAAGGCCUCCAUGCAGCAAGACGUGAGUGGCAUGGAUCUCAUAUUGAAGGACGUGGAGAGUCUCCUGUUUGAAGUCAAGGAGCUCAUCUUGAACUGUUUUCAACGCUUCGGCUCCGGACGCGAAGUCCGCCGACGCAAAGAUAUUGGCAUUCACUUGCCCAAGUUUCUGGCCAACGCCCUCGACUUGGACAAUGGCUUCUGGCAUCAGAAAGACCCGGACAUGUUGCAGUACAACAAUCCGUUAGAGGCCAAUCUCUUGUUCCCUCUUAUCUACGAUGAAGCCGAAUUGGCCAAAAUCAAGGAGAGUGUCAGCACUGGCAAAAAGCGCGGUCGUCCUUCGCGAUCCCUGGUGACUGAAAUCAAGAAAGAGGUCGACGAAGUCGAGGACGAGGAUUCCAAGGACGGUUCAGACAAAGUCAAGGUCAAGGAGGAGAAAGAAAAUGAGCCCGAGGAGUUGGGCCGUUCCAAGCGACGACGCAAACGAAAGCGGAAUUUCUCUUCAGACGAAGACUCAGAUGAAGAGUAUCGGGCUCCUGCGAGUGCAUUUAAGAAGCCGAAGCCCAUUCCGGAUCGGGAUUUCGUCAAGACCUGUAAACGAUGUGGCCAGACCUUCCCCUUUACGGAGUCGACACGCAAGCACGAAGAAUACUGUCCAGCCAUGUUACGCUACAAAAAGGAGGGCAAGAACAUGAUCUGCCAAUACCCCAAUUGCCCGGAUGAAGAUAAGGUGUUCACGAAGAAGACGGAUCUGUUCGAUCACAUCGACCUCAACCACAUCACGGACGAGGAGCGAACCAUUCCGUGCACCUACGAGGAUUGCGAUGUCAAAUUCAAGACUAUCAUGAUGCGGAAUAUGCACGUGCGGAAGGCCCAUCAGAAGUCGUACGCGUGCGCGGAGUGCUCCAAGACCUUCUGGAUGGAGCGCCAUCUCACGGAGCAUUACGAGCGGGUGCACUCGAAUCCGGAGCCGGAUUCCGGCUCGGCCGUGUGCCUCAAGUGUGGCAAGACCAUGAACAAAGUGUCCUUGCCUAGACACGAGAAGAGUUGUCCCGGGCUCACCGUGCGGAAUCCAACUUUUAAACAGGUUAACAACGAGUUCUACUGCACUGCCAAAGAUUGCCUCAUCAAACACGGCUUCUCCACCAUGUACGGACUUCGCACUCACUUCCACUCGGCCCAUUUGGACGAGUCCGAGAAGAUCUACGAGUGCGACCACUGCGGGAAACGAUUCGCGGACAAGAUCAUGCGUAAUCGCCACGUGGUCCGACAGCAUUUGAAGCCCUACAUCUGUGAGCUCUGUCCCGGACGAUUCGCGGACAAGUCCAAGUUGAAAGAGCAUAUGACCACUCACACCGGCGAAAAGCCCUAUUUGUGCGACAAGUGCGACUUCAGAUGCUCGAAACAGUACAACUUGACUGAGCACAAACAGAAGAAGCACAACGACUUCAGUGGACGGAACUUCCAUUGCGGGAUUUGCGGGAAUGUAUUCACCACAUCCGGCCGUCUCACGAGCCAUUUCAGGAUCGUUCAUCAUGACGGACUCGUGGAGGGCAAAGCUAGGAACAAGAAGUCGUCCUCGAAACGGGCCAAGAGCAUGCCCAAGAUGAUCUUCAAAAACGAAGAAGAGCUCAAGGACUCCCAGGAGGAGGAGUCCAUUGAGCACGAGGCCCAAGUGGUCCAGGUCCAAGCGGGUCAGGUGGUCACGGCUACGGGUCAAGUGGUCACAGCCACGGGUCAGGUCGAGCAAGAUAUGGCCGUGGACUUCUUGCUCACGCAAGAUCAGACUGAGGCCACGGUGGAUUUCAUGUAAAGCGAACGAGAAUCGAGUCCCAACCAACUGAACAGAUUAAACAGAAGAGCAGUAGUUUAGGUGUUCACGUUUGUACAUACUAAAUUUCCGUUGUCCUCAAAAUCUCUGUCGUGCUAAUAUGAAUAUAUUUUUCCUCGUCCCCCAUAUAAACGAAUGUGAAGCUGAGCAAGACCUUGUUGGCCUUCAUUACGUACACAUACACUAACCUUCACAUGUCGUCCUACCCACAGUACCUUACGAGUGUCUCCCUGUAACGUGAGUAUCUCCCCUUCGAUCGCCAUUCUGAUGGCAUGAAUAAAUUGUUGCCGAGAAACAUCA